UUCUCUUGAACUGCGCGAACGUGUUGCGCGCGUCGAAUAAAUAAAGUAAUAAUAUUUUCUCGCGCUUGUUUUGGUUGGCACACUGCGGGCCAAAAAAAAAGCAGCAACAACAAUUGGGAUUCUGUUAAUGCGUGUUUUAUAAUUUUAAUAUUUUUUUUAAACAAACCAACUAACUGUGUGCAGCUACGGCGGAAGCAUUGACAAGGAAAAAUUGACAACUUUGAUUUUUACGGCUUAAAUGUAGCCAUAAAAACAUUCGACGAAACGAAGCCUAACUGCUUUUUAUGAUCCCAACGACUAAUACCGCGACCGCGACCAAGAUAUUUCCCCCCUCCGACACGACCAUUUCAAGAGAUUUUACUCGAAACAUUGACAAUAAUUCAAUUGGACCAAAAUUGCUAAUGAAAUUGGACACCUCCGCAUUUGAGGGCCCACAGGCCUGAGGCCUGAGGCGCGUGGGCGGUGGCGCAACACUUGACACCUCUGAAACUGAAAUCGAUAUUGAUAUUGAUGCUCCACUGUCAUGUUGAGGCAUUGACCAAAGGCCCAAACCCCGCGUAGGAGUCCGCCGCUGCGCUGCGGCCAUGUGAGCAGCGCUCAUCUCUUACUCUCCUCUCAGACACAGACACAGACCCACAGACCAUAGCAUUGCUGGAGUACCAAUACGCCGGAAUCGGAGUACCAAGCGGAAAGCUAAAAUUCGCCCAAGAAGCGACAGCAGAGAAGACAGGCUCCACAUAACAUUUAGUAGAAAAUGGAGGGCAUCGAACAGGAUGCGAUGAUGCUGGAAGGCAGCGAGGAUCUGAUGUCCACAUCGGCAACCUCCACGAAUGGCAGCGACACAAAUGGUUGUGGUGGCAGGAAAUCGUCCAUUACAUCGCCGGAUCCCACAUCGUAUGUGGCCAAGGCGCGCGUAACGAAGCCUACGCCCCCGCCUCCAUCGAAGAAUCCGAUGCAGUUUGUCCAGAUCAAGCCGUGCAAUCUAUAUCAGACGGCCCAGCAGCAGCUGAAAAAGGCCGAGGAGGUCAAGAAGUUGAAGGAGGUGCAGAAAGAGGAACCCGAGGAGUGGCAGAAUAACCUUGACAAUUGGAAAUCGUCAAGGCGAAAACGUGUCGAGCACAUCAUCGAUCGAGUGGUGGAAACGAAGAAACUCGAGCUGGAGGAGCAUGAUCGGACGCGACGAAAAUCGAAGACAUUCACCGAAAUGAUGGAGGAGAGGGCCGAACGUGGUGGAUCCCGGGGUCGUGUGAAGCUCGCCUCCCUGGCCGUCUACAAUGAGGAUGAGGCGAACGACUUGAGCGACUUGGGCAUCGGCACGAGCAGUGCCAGCGGCAAGAGCAGUCUAUCCGAGGAUUACGACAAUAAUAGUGUAAUGAGCGACAAUGCCGCCGAGCUGGACAGGGCCAUUGGAGGAGCAGGCUCUGGCUCUGGGGCUGGCGCGGACGCUGCCUGUGCCUCUGGAGGAAGCGUCGAGGAGCAACAGAAUCAUAUCAACCGCAAUGGCAGCAAUGGAAACAACGGAGCCAGCUGCCAGCCCACCACAUCGAAGGCGGCCAGUGCGGGGGCCAUGCGGGAGUACAUCUCCUCGCCCGGCUACGACACAUCCUCGAGCACGGCGCCGGCCAGUUCGCCGGAUCCGUGCGAGUACACGUACGAGGGGGCGAUUCAGGACUAUAAGCAGCGUGUCCAACGGGCCAGCAGCAACGGCAAUGGCAAUGGCAGUGGCAAUGGGAAUGCCAAUGCCAAUGCCAACGGAAAGAUGAGCUCAUCCCCGUCCUCGAAUGGAGAGACGAUUGCCUAUCCGACGCGACGGGGAUCAAAGAUCGAGGAUCGGCUGAGCGGCUUCGAGGUGACCUCGCCCAGCGACACCCAGGAGGGUGUGGAGAAGCAGAAGGUGGAUGUGCCCAAGGUGGACAUAUCGAAGCGCAAGGAGAUGUUCGAGCAGGCCAAGUCGGGAGCCACCAAUGGUGCCGGAGCCGGAGCCCCACCCGUCGCCCCCAAGGUGGUGCUGCGCGAUCGCCUUACGAACGGCAACGGUGGAGCCUCGAACGGCUCGAAGCCGCAGGCCAAACAGGAGAUAAAGCGACUCUCCGGCGACAUUUCGAGCAUCCGGGAUCGGAUGCAGAGCCUGGAGCAGCAGCGGAACGCCUUCAACCACAGCAAGAGUGUGGAUGUGCCUGUGCCGCCGCUCAAGCAGCGCCUGAACAGCCUCCAGCAGUCCGUUACCAAAGAGGAUCAGCAGAAGAAGCCACCGCUGGUGGCCCUCAUAGAUGCCCGCCAGCUGGAGAUAAUGCGGGGCGAGGAGGAGCGCAUGCGACAACAACAGCAGCAGCAGCAGCAGCCACACCAGAAGUCGAAGCCGAAGCAACAACAGACCCCAGUCGCUGCUCCUCCUCCGCCAGCACUCAUCGUGGAGGAGCCCCCAGCCACACCCACGGGCACAGGCACAGCCACCAACGAUGACAGCGGCAUUCAGGAGGACACCAGCGAGGAACUGCAGCAGCAGCAGCUCCAACUGAACGCGGCCAUUGCCGCCUUGGCCAUCGAGGAACGACAGCUGGAGGAGGCUGCCAAUGCGGUCAACCAAAUCGAAGCGGAGUUCGAUGAGCUCACCGAUCUGAAUCCAUCGCCAUUGCCGCAGCAACAGGCACAGGCACAAGCACAGGCACAGGCACAGUCGUCAUCUGCUGCUCCAGCACCGUCUGCUGCCCCAUCUGCAGCUCCAACUCAAGCGGCUGCUCCUCCAUUGCGGGACAUGGAAUUUAGUAUCAACGAAGCUCUUGAAUUGGCGCUGGAAGCAAUCGAUCGAGAGGCCAUCACCACCACCACCACCACCAGCACUACCAGCAGCAGGAAAAUGGAAAAGCCCCAACAACAGCAGGAGCGUGAGGAGCAGUUAGAGCAAGAGGUGGAAGAGCCGCAGCAGCAGCAGGAGGAGAUCGAUCCAAAGGAGGAAGCCGACGACGAGGAGGAGGAGGAGGAGGAGCAGGAGACACAGACCACGACAGAGAUGCCAAAUAAAACCGAUGAGCAGAAGAGGAAGGAAGAGCGGGGAGAACGGGAGCCCAUCUACGAGAAUGUCAGCUCGACUAUAUCUAUGCACGAAGUAGAUAAUGAACAGAUAGCAACGAUGACGAAAUCCACACAGAUACAGAUACAGACACAGAUACAGACACAGACACCGAUAGAGACACAGAUACAGCAGGGCACACAAGCCUCGACGCGGAGGAGUCACAGGAGAAGCAUUCCAAAUAAACAAAUGAGCAACAGCCACAGCAACAGUAACAAUAACGAGAAUAAUCAAAAUACUAAUCAAAACAGCAGCAGCAACAACAGCAACAGCAAUCAAAACCAGAACAGCACCGGCAUCGGCAUCGGUAUCGGCGGAACAGCAGCAGCCCUAUCAUCCGAUCCAGAGCCCUACUAUCAAGUGCCGAAGGCAACGGAGCCCUACUACGAUGCCCCCAAACAUCUGCGUCCCAUUCCGGUGUACGAGAACAUCGACAUCUUCUACACGGGCCUGGAGCUCAGCCAGAGCUCGGGGGCCAUGCCGAUGGCAUCUAUGGAGCCGCCCAAGGAGAAGCCACCGCCGCCACCCACCGAGAGUCCGCCGCCAGUGCCCGUGGACGACGCCUCGCUGGGCCACGACGACGAGCUGGAUGGCCUGUGCAGCAGUCUGGGCCACAACACGGACACCUGGUCGUCGGACAACACCUACGAGACCAUCUCGAACGGGACGCGCCGUCAUAUGCAGUCGUCGCAGCUGGAGCCGGCCCAGCCCUCGCCGCCGAUCAAACGCAUGAACUCCACGAAGCGAAUCAAGAAGGAGCUGCGCAACAAGCGAUCCAGCUUCCUGGGCAUCGAGACGGACGGAGAUCUGGACGAUGUGGAGAGCUACCUGGAGCUGACUGUGGCCCCGCCGCCGGACAUGGCGCAGCUCCUGCAGGAGGAGCGACGCCUCGAGAAGCAGCUGUACAUCAAGGCGGGACUCUGUGAUAGUUCCGAUACAGGAGAGAGCCGCGACUCUGGGGUGUCGGAGAAUCAUUCCCGCCAGAGCAGCGAGCACUACACCAACUCCUCGGAGGAGAAUGACACCCAGUCGGAGGCGACGCCGCCGCCGCUGCCGCCUCCACCCGUGUCGGGACUGGGCGGCGAGAUUAUCUACCAGAAUGAGACCCUCCUGGCGGCCCAGACGCCACUACUGCAGACGGUGAAGGGCAACUCGGCCGAGUCCUGGACAGAAUCGGCAACGGCGGCGGCAGCGGCCACACAAUCGCUGAGCGAAGCCACGGCGACGGCCAAUGCCAAGAUGCAGUCCAUCGAGGAGAAGAUACGCGAGCAGGGGGAAGUGCUGCGGGUGGAGCGGGAACUAUUGCACUUUUCGCAGGAGGAACUAAAGCGACAGCGGGAGAACCUUUUGCUGCGCGAGAAUAUAGCCCGGCGGGAGCUGCAGCACGGGGCCAAGAUGCUGAUGUCCAACAACCGUCGCUCGCUCCAGGACCUGCACCAUGGCCUGGGCAUCGGCAACGGCAUGCUGAGUGCUUUCCAGCCGCCACAGCACCAACAGCAGUUGCAUCCACAUCAACCGCAUCCCCAGCAGAUCUACGCCAAUGUGCCACAACAGCAGCAGCAGCAGCAGCAGCAGCAACAGCAGCAACAACAGCAGCAGGCGGCGGCGAUGUAUGCGUACCAGCAGAUGGACACUGACUACCGCAAGUCCAUGUCUGACCUGAACGAGUUCUCCAGCCGGCUGAUGCUGGCGCCACCGACGCCGCCCACGAAACCACUGCGUGCCAUGCACAUAACCAACGGACAUGGCCUGGAGCCGGACUAUGCGGUGAGCACGCGGCAGCGCCAGAGCUCCGCCAAUGCUUAUGGCGGCUCGCUGGUGAAGAUUGCCGGUGCCCCAAUGGCGCCACGCCACUCUGGCGCCAGCUAUCCCACAGCCACUGCCGUCACAGCCUCAGCGGCCGCUGCCUACCAUCAUCAGUCCGCCCAGAAUUUGAGCAACAUGUCGAGGAACACACUCCUCGCCCUGAGUGCCACACCCAAGCCCAAGUACACCGAUGGGUGGGUGCAAGUGCAGCAGCGCAAGAGCUACGACAGCAACCUGGCCAACGAUCCGGCCUGGCUGUCCGCACAGCAGCAGAAGCGCAAGUCCAUGCCCGACUACAAUGGCGGGGCCAUCUAUAACAACAACCAUUGGCUGCUCCAGGAAGCGGAACAGCGACGCAUCGAGCAGCUGAACAGGAGAUCGAUGCCUGGCAACAAAUCGAAUGGCAAGCCCCUGCCCGACUCCAUCAUCCAAACGUUGACGGAGCGGGUGCAGAGCAAGGGCAUUGGAGAACGCAAGCGAUUCGAUGGCAAUGGCAAUUAUAGCCAAGUCAAUGGCAAUACCAAUGGCUACCAGCAGCAACAGCAGAAGCAGUCCAUCAUCACCAGCACGAGCAACACGAACAACAGCAACAGCAACGGCAACAACGGCAGCCAGGAGAAGGUGCUCAGCGUCAGUGGAAAGAAGAAGUGCUCUCAUUGCGGCGACGAAUUAGGUCGCGGGGCUGCCAUGAUCAUUGAAUCGCUGCUGCUGUUCUAUCACAUCAACUGCUUCAAGUGCUGCGUCUGCCACGUCCAGCUGGGCGACGGACUCAAUGGGACGGAUGUGCGAGUGCGCAACCACAAGCUCCACUGCCAGAACUGUUACUCCAGCGACGACGGCAUUAAGUUUAGCUGCGUUUAGGCCGCCACGUCUCAGGGCGUAAAGGGGAAUGGAGUGGGAAGGGUCCUGCCUGGACUAUAGAAUGAUUGUUGUUCUUGUUCUUGUUGCUAUUGCAACAUUGAUUGUUGUUGUUGUUGUUGUACUAUUACUAGGAACCUAAUGACCUAAUUCGUAUGUUCAUGUUGAGAACAAAGUCAAAUACAGAAUACAAAAAUGUUUCAGAAUAAUGUUAAUUGCAUCCAUAAAUAAGUACGAAAUUUUUUGAAUGUCUUUGCAUUGCUUUUUGAUUCAGAUUUUAACGUUUUAUAUACGAUAUUCUAUACGUACGUACGUACAUACUUACUUACAUACAUAUAUUAUAGUACAUACAUACAUGCAUAUAUACAUAUACAUAUGUAUGUUUGAAAAAGAAAAGCCAAGCUCUCUAAUGUUUUACGCAAAGUCAAAGUCAAAUUUCGAAAGCAUACGUAUAAGAUUUAUUGUGUGUUGAAAAUUAUGAAAAAAAAAACGAAGAAAACAAAAAAAUAAGUUCUAUGAACGUUGUUAAAAAUUUUUGAAAUUGUAUAUUGCUUAUAUAGCCCCCCCUACAUAGAAACAAAACUAAAUUGUACAUUAACUUCCCAACAAAUUCUGCAUAUUUGUGUAUCUUUUCAUAUUUCUGUGUACCAUCUAUCCCACACGCCCCAAUGCCUCAUGCCCCAGCCCUCAUAGCAUACCUAACGACGUAUCCAAUGUACCUAAAAUUAUAAACAAAAUACCCUUACACACACACGCAACACACUGACAUACAUAAGUACAUAAUAUUAUAUGCAUACGUACAUAUACAUACAUACUACAUACAUGAGAUGUGCAUAUAAGAAGGAACAAUUUAAUUUCUAAAUGUCGUUAUUCUUAUUUAUUGUAAUUAAGCAUAUAAAUCAAAAGCAUCGAUAUUCUACACACUUUCUGAAUUUUAUGAUUAACUUUUAAAACAGAUUGGCAUGAUACUACGAGUACUACGAGUACUAUGCCCAUAUGAAUCGUUUUUCUGUAUAAAAAGAACAUUUUGAAUUUCGCGUAGUUUUAUAAUAAAGUAUUUAAAAGAACAAACUGUCCA